AUGGCAGAAUUUUUUUUUUCAGACUUUGGCUUGUUUUGCUACCUGAAGGAGCUCAGAAAAGAAGAGUUCUGGAAAUUUAAAGAGCUCCUCAAGCAAGAACCUCUGAAAUUCGAACUCAAGCCAAUCCCAUGGCCUGAGCUAAAGAAAGCAUCAAGAGAAGAUCUAGCAAAGUUGCUGGACAAGCAUUACCCAGGAAAACAGGCAUGGGAGGUGACACUGAGUCUGUUUCUACAGAUCAAUCGGAGUGACCUCUGGACCAAGGCUCGGGAAGAAAUCAGCAAUGAGCUUAACCCAUAUAAAAAUCACAUAAAGAAAAAAUUUCGUCUCAUAUGGGAGAAGGAAACCUGCCUUCAAGUGUCUGACGAUUUCUACACAGAAACCACAAAGAAUGAAUAUGAAGAGCUGACUGCUGCGUACACUGCUGACCAGGCUGGACAGCCCAUCCUCACUGUGGUUCUGCUAGGUUCUCAAGGAAUUGGCAAAACAACCCUUUUGAGAAAAGUGAUGUUGGAGUGGGCAGAGGGAAACUUAUGGAAGGAAAGAUUCACAUUUAUCUUCUUCUUCAAUGGCUGUGAGAUGAACAGUAUCACAGAGACGAGCCUAGUGGAGCUCCUCUCCAGGGACUGGCCUGAAUCUUCAGAGCCAUUUGAAGACAUCUUCUCCCAGCCAGAAAGAAUCCUGUUCAUCAUGGAUGGCUUCGAGAAGCUGAAAUUUGACCUGGACCUUGACACCAACUCGUGCAAUGAUUGGCGGCAGCGAUGUCCAACCCAGGUUAUCCUGAGCAGUCUGCUGCGGAAAAAAAUGCUUCCAGAGUCUUCUCUGCUGGUCGCACUGGGAGUGACAGGCAUGCGGAAGAAUUUUUACCUGUUGCAUCAUCCAAAAUACAUCACCCUCCCAGGACUCUCUGAACAUAAUCGGAAGCUGUAUUUCUCCCACUUCUUCCGGGAGAAGAAUAAAGCCUCCAGAGCCUUCAGUUUUGUGAAAGACAAUACAUCACUGUUUGUCUUAUGCCAAUAUCCCCUUGCCUGCUGGUUGGUCUGUACAUGCAUGAAAUGGCAGCUGGAGAGAAGAGAAGACCUUAGGAUUGCCUGUGAAAGCACCACUUCUCUGUAUGUUUCCUUUUUCACCAGUGUAUUCAAAUCGGGACUUCAGAAUUGUCCGCCUAAGCAGAGCAGAGCCUGCCUCCAAAGCUUAUGCACCGUGGCUGCAGAGGGCAUCUGGACUGACAUGUUUGUGUUCUCCCCUGGCGAUCUCAGUAGGAACGGGGUGUCAGAGCCCGAUGCCUCGAUGUGGGAGAGCCUGCCACUUCUCCAAAGGAACGGCGACCGCUUCACCUUUGUCCACAGGUGUGUCCAAGAGUUUUGUGCCGCCAUGUGGUACUUGCUCAGACAACCCCAGGACAACCCUAACCCAGCCAUCGGAACUGUGUUUCAGCUCGUAACGGCAGUUGUGACUCAAGCCCCAACCUACUUGUUGCAGACCGGGGUCUUCCUGUUUGGGUUUUCAACAGAAAAAACAACCAACCUGCUGGAGACAUCCUUUGGUUUUCCACUGUCCAAGGAGAUAAGGCAGGAAAUAACUAAAAGCCUUCAGAGUUUAAGUCAAUAUGACCCCCAUCAAGUUGUGGUGAAUUUUCGUGAAUUGUUCAACAGUUUGUUUGAGACCCAGGAGAAAGAAUUUAUAACACAAGUGAUGGAUUUCUUUGAAGAUGUUAACGUUUAUAUCAGUAACACAGAUGAUUUGGUCGUGUCUGCAUUCUGCCUCAAACAUAGCCAAAAUCUGCAGAAGCUUCACCUAUGUGUAGAAAAUGUGUUUUCAGAUGAUUGUGGAAGCAUCUUAAAUAACAACCAGAAACUCUCCUUCUGGCGGGACCUCUGCUCAGUGUUCACCACCAGCAGGAACAUGCAAAUUCUGGAUUUGGACAACUGUAAUUUUGAUGAGGCCUCCCAGGCGGUCCUCUGUAGAGCGCUGGCUCAGCCCGUCUGCAGACUCCAAAAGCUCGCGUAUAAUUUUGCUUCCAGCCUUGGAAAUGGUGUAGACUUCUUUAAGGCUGUUCUUCACAACCCUCACCUGAAAUACCUGAACCUACAUGGCACCAACCUCUCCCGUGGGGAAGUGGGGCAGCUAUGUCAGACACUGAAACACCCCAUGUGCAACAUAGAGCAGCUGAUGUUGGGAAAGUGCGACAUCACAGAUGAAGCCUGCAAGGAGAUUGCCUCUGUCCUGGUCUGCAACCAGAAGUUGAAACUUCUUUCCUUGAUAGAAAACCCCGUGAUGAAUGAAGGCACGAUGGUGCUGUGUGAUGCCCUGAGGCACCCACACUGUGCCUUGGAGACACUGCUACUGACGUACUGUUGCCUCACAUCUGUCGCCUGUGACUACAUCUCCCAAGCCCUUUUGUGCAACAAACUCCUGUCCCUUCUUGAUCUGGGGUCCAAUUUCCUGGAAGACAAUGGAGUGACGUCUCUCUGUGAGGCAUUGAAGCAACCAAGCUGCAACUUACAGCAGUUGUGGUUGGUGGGCUGUUACCUCACUCCCAUUUGCUGUAAGGACCUCUCUGCUGUUCUUAUUAGCAAUGAAAAACUAAAGACCCUGAAACUAGGGGACAAUGAUAUACGAGAUGCUGGUGUCAAACAAUUAUGUGAAGCUUUGAAGCAUCCUAACUGUAAACUAGAGAAUCUUGGGUUGGAAAUCUGUCAGCUCACCACUGCCUGUUGUGAGGACCUGGCCUCGGCUCUCACUGUCUGCAAAUCACUGAGGGGCCUGAACCUGGACUGGAAUAGCUUGGACCAUAAGGGGGUGUUGGUGCUGUGUGAAGCCUUGAGCCGCCUGGACUGUGCCCUGCAACUGCUCGGGCUGGACAAAUCUGCUUUUGAUGAGGAAACCCAGCUUCUGCUGACAGCUGUGGAAGAGAAAAAUCCCCACCUGACUAUUUUACAUCAACCUUGGGACAAUGAUGAGUACAGGAUCAAAGGUGUUCUUAUUUGA